AUGACAAAUGGCGGCCAGAAACACAAGUCGUCGGCGGCAUUCCACUUCGCAGCCGGCUUGGGCUCCGGCGUGACGAGCGCUUUCCUCCUACAACCCGCCGACCUUCUCAAAACUCGCGUCCAACAAUCCUCCAGCGCAUCACUUUCCGUCGCCCUCAAGAGCAUUCUCGCCGGCCCUUCUCCCUUACAACAACUAUGGCGUGGCACAACACCAUCUGUCAUUCGAACAGGCGCAGGCUCGGCCCUCUACUUCGGCAUGCUAAACCAAUUGCGACGAGCAACUUCAACCACGACAUUAGGAGCUGAUGGGAAGUCAAAAACAAAUCUAAGUAAUACUGCAAAUCUGGCUACGGGAGCCGCAGCAAGAGCAUUGGCUGGCUUCGUCAUGAGCCCAGUCACGGUCUUGAAAGUGAGGUACGAGAGCAGUCUUUAUGCCUACACCUCACUAUCCUCGGCCGCAAAAGACAUCUUCAAGACAAAUGGAGCUAAAGGCUUCUUCGCGGGCUUUGGUGCCACUGCUGUAAGAGAUGCUCCGUAUGCUGGCCUCUACGUCCUUUUCUACGAGCAAAGCAAGGCUUCAUUAUUCGGACACCUGGACAUUGCCGCUCCAUUGGCAAACUUUGGGUCUGGAGUCUUAGCUGCGGCCGCAGCGACGGCUGUCACGAAUCCAUUCGACGCUGUCAAAACACGGUUGCAGCUGCAGCCUGAGAAAUACAGGAAUGCAGUUAGUGCUGCAAAGAAGAUGAUAACAGAAGAAGGUGCCAUGUGUUUGUUCGAUGGAUUGGGCAUCAGAAUGGCUAGGAAAGCCAUCAGUUCUGCAUUGGCCUGGACUGUAUACGAAGAAUUGAUUCGCAGGGCCGAAAGUAAAAUCGCUAUGUAG